AUGUGUGGUAUUUGCUGUGUUGUUACCUUGUGCAGCCAGCAUGCGAUUCAUGAUUUCCUCAGUGAAAAUAUCCUCUGCCUUCUGAGAAGAAGAGGACCAGACAGUAGCCAACAGUUGAUAAAAACUGUGUCUGAUUUCUCUUAUGAAUGUCUGUUUUCAGGCCACGUACUUCACUUGAGGGGGCUGCUGACUCCUCAGCCUCUGGAAGAUGCCAAUAACAAUAUUUUUCUUUGGAAUGGAGAAAUUUUCAGUGGAAUUCAUGUAGGAAAUCUAGAGAAUGAUACUGAAGUAAUAUUUCAUCGUCUGGCUUCAUGCAGCAGUGAAACGGACAUUUUGUCACUCUUCUCAUCACUUCAGGGUCCCUGGUCUUUUAUCUAUUAUGAAGCACCCAGACACAGUUUAUGGUUUGGCAGAGAUUACUUUGGUCGUCGUAGUUUGCUUUGGCAGUUCAGUAAUGAGGUUGACAGCGCUUUCUGUCUCACAUCUGUAAGUGGUUGUUCUGAAUCAGGCAACCAAUGGCAAGAAGUCCCAGCAUCUGGAAUUUUCAAAAUUGAUCUCAAGGCUUGUGCAACAAGUAAAUCUUUGUCUUUAACAUUGUUUCCAUGGAAGUACAGCUGCAGAGAGAAAGCAGUAGAAGAAACAUGCAUUGAUCAAGUGUCAAAAGACUUACCAAAUCACGUACGUCUUGUGCUGAAUGAAUCAAAGCUGUGUCUUGGAGCACCAGUUAUCCCUUUAAAUAAAGUAGUUUCUAAAUCUUCAGGUGCAUGUCCGGGCUAUAGUUUUAGCAACAUUAACUGUGUGGUUUCUGUAGAAACCCUUCAAGAAUUUCUUGCAGAGGAACACAAGAAAAAAUUAGUAUGUCGAUUUAUUGAUGUUUUAAAUGAAGCAGUCAAGAGACGAGUCCUGUGUCUCUUUAGAGAUCCAGAUCAGAAAACAAGAGCAGUUCCAAGCAUGUCUCGUAAGAAAGCACAUGUUGCGGUGCUCUUUUCUGGUGGCAUUGAUUCCAUGGUUAUUGCAGCCCUGGCUGAUAAACAUGUGCCUUUGGAGGAGCCAGUUGAUCUUCUCAAUGUAGCUUUCAUGAUGAAAGAGCAAGCUAAGCACAGGGCUACCACUAAAAGACAUACCAGCCAUGAAGUACAGCUCGAUUUGCUUUGUCCUCAAGAGAGUUGUCAAGAUCUUGAUGCUGACGCUGGUACUCAUUUUUCUUGCUUUGAUGUUCCUGAUAGAAUCACUGGUAGGGCAGGACUGAAGGAAUUAGAAGCCAUUAACCCUUCAAGAACCUGGAACUUUGUGGAAAUUAAUGUUACACUAGAGGAAUUGAAAAAAAUGAGAAAACAGCGUAUUAAUUACUUAAUCUAUCCACUGGAUACAGUCCUAGAUGACAGUAUUGGCUGUGCAAUUUGGUUUGCUGCCAGAGGAGAGGGUUUCAUUAGUAACCAAGGAGAACUGAAACCAUAUAAAAGUCCUGCAAAGGUUGUGCUUACAGGAAUUGGAGCUGAUGAGCAGCUUGCUGGGUAUGCUCGACAUCGUGUGUGUUUCAGAAAAGAUGGCUUAGAGGGUCUUAAUAAAGAACUUGAAAUGGAGUUAGGUCGCAUUUCUUCUCGAAAUCUUGGUAGAGAUGACAGGAUCAUCGGUGAUCAUGGAAAGGAAGCCAGGUUUCCUUUUCUUGAUGAAGAUGUUGUUUCAUUCCUUAAUUCUCUGCCUGUCUCAGAAAAAGCUGAUUUGACUUUACCUCGAGGAAUUGGUGAGAAACUGAUUCUGCGCCUUGCAGCCAAAGAGCUGGGCCUGACAGCCUCAACUGUUCUGCCAAAAAGGGCAGUACAGUUUGGAUCUCGAAUUGCAAAACUAGAGAGCAACACUGAAAAAGCAUCUGACACAUGCAGCAGACUGAAGUUACCUGCAGAAGAUGAAUUAUAGAGCUGUAUCUUGAGAUGUUGCACUUACUCUAUGCACAAAGUCAGUAAAUCUUUCAAGUUUUCUAAGAA